AUGACUCCAGGGUCUACAGAGAAUUGACAGAAGCCGACUAGACUUGGUUUUGAAGUUUUGCUUGGAGGUCCAGAUCAUGGCCGGACCCACAUCUUUUCUUCUUCUGUUGCUUUUGCAGGGCUGUCUGACAGAACACGUUUUUCUUGACAGCCCGCUGGCCUCAGAAGUUUUGGUUCGUGGCAGGCGAGCCAAUCAGGUGUUUGAAGAGCUAAAACCAGGGAACCUAGAAAGAGAGUGUAUGGAGGAAAUGUGUGAUCACGAAGAGGCCAGAGAGGUGUUCGAACAGCCGGACAAAACACAAACCUUUUGGCUGAAAUAUCAGGACUGCAAAGGAACCACCCUGGAACGGACACCGAGCAACAUCACCAUGGUCAGAGAAUGUACAGAAGGUCUGUGUAUUUCUGGCAAAGGAGUCAACUAUGAGGGAGGGAUCCACAUCACUAAAUCAGGGAGACUCUGUCAGAGUUGGAGUCAGGGCUUUCCACAUCCCAUAAUAAAAGAGUUCAACGCUUCAGAACCGGGCAGCAUCCUCAAGGAGAACUUCUGUCGAAACCCAGACGGCCAAGCGGAAGGACCCUGGUGUUUCACUCAGGACCCGGCCGUCCAGAAAGAGACUUGCAGAGUUCCGAUAUGUGGGGAACUCUUUGUUCCAACCACUGCGGCCCCUGCACCAAAAAGGGAUGUGAGUGAGUGUUUAACUGACAAUGGAGUUGACUACAUUGGCGACCUGGCGGUCACCCUGCGGGGCCACACCUGCUUGCCUUGGUCAAUGCCGGAAGUCAAGAUCAUGAGCAAGAACAAGGAGUUCUUACCAGAAGUCAGUCUGCAGGGAAACACAUGUCGUAACCCGGACAACGACCCCGAGGGCCCGUGGUGCUAUGUGCGGCAGUCUGGGAACGUGACAGUAGAUUACUGCGACCUACAGCUGUGUGAUGACCAGCUGCUUGGGGGAGACUUAGCAAUUGAGUCUGAUGGCCGUGAGCGCUCUGUACUGGCACCUGCCAGGAAGGCCUUCUUCAACCCUCGCUCCUUUGGACAAGGAGAGACUGUGUGUGGAGAGCGCCCCCAGUUUGAAAAGCUUAAAAAGGAGGACAACAACGAGAAGGAGCUGCUGGAAUCGUACAGAGCUCAGCGCAUUGUUGGGGGCAACGAUGCCGAGGUGGCCUCUGCGCCAUGGCAGGUGAUGCUGUACAAACGAAGCCCGCAAGAGUUGCUGUGCGGCGCCAGCUUAAUCAGCGAUCAGUGGAUCCUCACAGCCGCUCACUGUAUCCUCUACCCGCCCUGGAACAAGAACUUCACCACCCAUGACAUCAUCGUGCGCUUAGGGAAACACAACAGGGCUAAGUUUGAACGCAACAUUGAGAAGAUUGUGGCAAUUGACAAAAUCAUUGUCCACCCAAAGUACAACUGGAGGGAGAAUCUGAACCGAGACAUCGCGCUGCUCCACCUGAGGCGGCCCAUUGUCUUCACAAACCAGAUCCACCCAGUCUGCCUACCCAACAAGAAGGUGGCUAAGCUACUGAUGAAUGCAGGGUUUAAAGGUCGAGUGACUGGCUGGGGAAACCUAAGGGAAGUCUGGGGCUCGUCUUCCAGAGCUUUACCCACCGUCCUUCAGCAGAUCCAUCUGCCCAUCGCAGACCAGAGCACUUGCAAAAGCUCCACAUCGAUUAGGAUCACUGACAACAUGUUCUGCGCUGGUUAUAAACCCGACGACCCCGAGCGAGGUGAUGCUUGUGAGGGAGACAGUGGUGGACCCUUUGUGAUGAAGCAUCCAGAAGAGAACCGCUGGUACCAGAUUGGCAUUGUGUCAUGGGGGGAGGGUUGCGACCGCGAUGGGAAGUACGGCUUCUUCACACACGUUUUCAGGAUGAGCAGGUGGAUGAGGAAAGUCAUUGAAAACUCGGAAGAUGACGAGUAGACUGUUAUGGAAAUUUACGUUAAUAAAGUUUGUUUGAUUGACAAAUGACAUUGAGUGACAGACAGCAGUAGACAAAUACAAUAUCCUGGGCAACACUGUCAACACAACAUUUCGGUUAAAACCUGACUGUAUAAAUGUCCUUCAGAAAUGCCGAUGUUAACACUGGCAAACGUUAAUCGCAGUAACUUAACUAAAAGACAGGGGUGUAAAGGUAUGUGUAUUUGCAUUGAACCGUUUCGGUACAGGGGUGUACCAAACAAGUUUCUAAGCUAAAAUCUGAACAAGCUGCUUUGCUUCUUCCGCCUCUUUGUCAGCACCCAGCAUUGUCCCACCCACACAACCAUCUGAUUGGUUACAUACAAAGCGAUAACAGCCAAUCAGCAGUGCGUUUUCAAAGUGCAUGGAGUCAAUGUUUCAGCGUCGAGUAGGUGAGCAUAAGCAUAAGGCAGCGUAUUCUCCCCAAAUUAUAAUAAACACUACUAGUAACAUCACUAUGAGCCCGUUGACGUUCUAGAACCUUAAACUGCAGCUCAGCUCGCACGCAGUCCUGGCUUGAGGUGAAGGCUAAUUAGCUUUUAGCGUAACGUUAGCUCAUUUUGCUGUGUGUGUGUGUGUGUGCAUGCGUGUAAUGUGCGUGCGUGUGUGUGUGUGUGUGUGUGUGUGCGCGUGCGGGUGUUUGUUAGGGGCAGCAAAGCCGUGUCUGUGUGUUAUUUCACUUGAACUCCAUGGUGUUCAGAGAAGAAUAGUGUCUCCUAUUGCUAUUGUACUAUUUUUCAGCUAUAGUUACAUGAAUCAUUAGUAAUGUAGCAGCCUAGUUUUGAAUGGCAGGGUGCCUGCUAUCACAUGUUGACAAAAUAUAACAUUUACAUAAUAAAAAUCAACUACAGGCUUCCCAAAUGCUGUAAUAAAUCAAGCAUGAUGAGUUGACUUGAAACUGUUAAUGUUGCACUUUUUAUACGUAGAAGAAAGGUUUUGUCAUUUUAUUUAAUCUGAGCAGCAAUUUGAGGCAGUUUAAUGUGGAUUAACGUGGGCAGAAUUAUCAUAGUGUUCCCAAUGUUAAAAGGAUAAAGCCAUUGUUUACAAAUUUGGUAAAUAAAUAACCAAAACAUGUAUAUUUUGCUGUUUUCUUACUGUACUGAAAAUGAACCGAACCGUGACCUCUAAACCGAGGUACGUACUGAACCAACAUUUUUGUGUACCGUUACACCCCUACUAAAAGGUCAUCUUUAGUUGCAGUUUUUGUCCAAAAAGAUAGAGAGUAAUCAAAAGGGGUCCACAAAAAGUUGUGGAAGCCG